UGUUCACUUCUUACCUUUGAGAGACCACAUCUCCCUCCCUCCCCCCUCCUUCUCUCCUUAAGCCUCAACUUCCACCUGUCUUUGGUAGUGUAGUACAGUCCUCCCCUGCAAGCAGUGAUUUCAAGAACACAGUACCCAUGUUCCGUCAGCAACUACUAGUACUUCUCCUUCAUGCUCAUUGCUGUCAGCAGAAGGAGAAAGAACAGCAGGCACACGGUGGGUUUAGACCCUGUGCUCUGCCACACUGUAGGACAAUGAAGAAUGUUCUGAAUCACAUGACAGAGUGUAAAACAUUGAGCUACUGUCAAUUUCGUUUUUGUUCUUCUUCAAGACAGGUCAUUUAUCACUGGAAGAACUGCAACCAGCAAGAGUGUCAUACAUGUAAACCCAUAAGAGCUGUUAGAAAAGGAUAUUAUAAUUUGAUGCAAGCCUUUUGUGCAUCAGAGUCUGUAUUUCAAAGUGUAAUAAAAUCAUGUGAAAUUCAUGAAAUCAUCAGCACAAGUCAGGUAUCAAUGUUUCUUGACGACAAAGUGCCUUUACAAGGCAGAAUCAGACAGUUCAUGCAUUAUGUGAUGUCUAAAUUAUCUUUAUAUCAAAGCAGCAAAUUCCUUUAUGUUCUUACUGAAUUUGGAAACAGUGACACUCAACAAAGUGCAAGGCUAAUAAUUGGAGUAUUUGCUUUCUCUAGACAAACAAUUUAUCCACAAUAUAGUCAUUUACUAGAUACUGAUACUCCUAAGAAGCAAAUAUCAUCAGGUAUAUGUAAGAACUUUAUUCAUGUUGAAAAUUUGGAUGGUUUUUCCCAUUUACGAUAAGAUAUUGUAUGGCUAGUCUCAGACUAUGAUACUUUGCUACCAUAAAGAUUUGCAGUAUAAUUUUUCUAAUUUUAUUAUUCUACCAUGCCUAGUUGCAAUUAGUUGACCAAUCAAA